AUGUUAUAUUCUCUAGUAUUUCUUCCCAUUCUCCUAUCAAAUUUCUGCAUUGCUCAGCACUCUCAAGAAGUCCUGGACCAUUUCGAAAAGUUUAGAGUCCACCAUAAGAAGCACUACCGUACCGCUGAGGAGAAAAAAAUUCGUUUGAGACAUUUUGCGAAAAAUCAUCAAAGGAUUAAAGAAUUGAACGAGGAAGCCCGGAAAUUUGGAAGAAAUGUGACAUUUGGAUUAAACAAGUUUGCGGAUAGGACGAAAGAAGAGAGACAUGGACGGUUAUCAAAGAUCCAUCCUAAAAACCACACGGACCUUCCAGUAUACAAACCAAAACAUCCACGUAAUCAGAAACGAAUUUCGAAAAGAGGAAUUUUAGAAAAUUUUGAUUUGAGAAGUGUCAAAAUUGAUGGAAGUCCAAUUGUGGUUCCGGUGAAGGAUCAGGAACAAUGUGGUUGCUGUUGGGCGUUCGCCACCACUGCCAUCACCGAAACAGCACAAGCUUUGAGCUCCAAAAAUUACCGUAGUCUCUCGGAUCAAGAAAUUUGUGAUUGCGCGGAUUCUGGAGACACUCCAGGAUGCGUUGGAGGCGAUCCACGCAACGGUUUGAAAUUUGUGAGCCGAAACGGACAGAGUAGCGAUGGAGAGUAUCCGUAUGAAGAGUUUCGAGCGAAUACAACUGGUAACUGUGUAGCUGACGAGAAAGAUACAGUAAUCCAGGCGGGAACUUUGAACGUUUAUCGUUUUGAUGAGGAGUAUGCUGAGGAGGAUAUCAUGGAAAACUUAUUUUAUAAUCAUAUUCCUUCCGCCACUUACUUCCGAGUUGGCGAGAAAUUCUUCUGGUACAAUUCGGGAGUGCUCCAAUCGGAAGACUGCUAUCAAAUGACUCCAAUCGAAUGGCACUGA